UGGAAGGUAUAAAGUAGCACGCGGAGCUGGGAGUAAUCUCGGUGUCUGGCUUACCUAGUUCGCAGUCUACAGCUGCUGCAGCCAUGGAUGAUGAUGACCAGAAAAUGCAGAUCAUGCGGAAAGCAUUCCAAAUGUUUGACACAACCAAGAGCGGUUUCAUAGAGACGCUUAAGAUCAGCACAAUCCUUAACACCAUGGGACAACUGUUCGACGAUGCGGAGUUGCAGAACCUCAUCGACGAGACGGACCCUGAAGCUUCGGGAAAAGUCAACUUCGACGGUUUCUGCCGUAUCGCGGCGCACUUCCUUGAGGAAGAGGACUCAGAGGCCAUGCAGGAAGAACUGAAAGAGGCGUUCCGUCUGUACGACAGGGAAGGUAACGGAUACAUCACCACCCAAACCCUGCGGGAAAUUCUGGCAGCCCUGGACGACAAGCUUGGGCCCGAAGAUCUGGACGGCAUCAUUGCAGAAAUCGAUACUGACGGCUCUGGAACCGUAGAUUUCGACGAGUUCAUGGAGAUGAUGACCGGAGAAUGAGAGGGCCAACUGUUACGUCACUUCAAUUCAGUGUUUUAGAAGACUCUGAAGACAGGAUUACAGGACCACAGUCUGCUUCCAGGAUUCCAAACUUUCGUUCCAUAUUUUUGGCUAGAAAUAUUAUUUAAUCUCUCACCUUUAUCUUUAUGUAAUUAAAUAAAACUUCCAAACUGGGAUCGGAGAGACAUCUGUCGUCAAGCACAUGCAUCACCACGUAGCAUGAAACUAGAGCAGAGGAAACAGAAUGGAAAAGAUGUACGCUUACAAACACAAAAGUCACUAAUUGUACGUGUGUGUAUAUUACAUUCACAAUAAAAAUGUCUCGCUAAAUACGAAAAAGAAA